AUGCCAGGUACUAAAAGAUCAUUCGAACAUGCGGAGAUGCACUCCGAAGCGCAACCUCCACAAGAAAGUCAGGAGAUACUUCCUGAUGAGGAACGUGUUCUGAUGCGUCUGGCUCCCAGACUUCACAGAGUCCGUGCCACAACGGACCAGUAUUCAUUCGCGGGGGCUGAGGAUAAUUUAAAACGUAACUUUUUGAAAAAGCCACUUUCUCCUGGAAUACACAGUCCAUUAAACAAUGCACCUCCUCCAGUACUACGUAACUCAUUGAAUAAUCCACUUCCUCCUGGAAUACGUAACUCAUUGGACAAUCCACUUUUUCCUGGAAAACGUAACUCGUUGAACAAUCCACUUCCAACUGGAGAACGUAACUCAUUGAACAACCCACUUCCUCCUGGAAUACGUAACUCAUUGGACAAUCCACUUCCUCCUGGAGUACGUAACUCAUUGAACAAUCCACUUCCUCCUGGAAAACGUAACUCAUUGAACAACCCACUUCCUCCUGGAAAACGUAACUCAUUGGACAACCCACUUCCUCCUGGAAAACGUAACUCAUUGGACAACCCACUUCCUCCUGGAAAACGUAGCUCAUUGAACAAUCCACUUCCUCCUGGAAUACGUAACUCAUUGAACAAUCCACUUCCUCCUGGAAUACACAGUCCAUUGAACAAUCCACUUCCUCCUGGAAAACGUAACUCAUUGAGCAACCCACUUCCUCCUGGAGUACGUAACUCAUUGAACAAUCCACUUCCUCCUGGAAAACGUAACUCAUUGAGCAACCCACUUCCUCCUGGAAAACGUAACUCAUUGAACAACCCACUUCCUCCUGGAAAACGUAACUCAUUGGACAAUCCACUUCCUCCUGGAAAACGUAACUCAUUGGACAAUUCACUUCCUCCUGGAAAACGUAAUUCAUUGGACAACCCACUUCCUCCUGGAAAACGUAGUUCAUUGAACAAUCCACUUCCUCCUGGAAAACGUAGCUCAUUGAACAAUCCACUUCCUCCUGGAAUACGUAACUCAUUGGACAACCCACUUCCUCCUGGAAAACGUAACUCAUUGAACAAUCCACUUCCUCCUGGAAAACGUAGCUCAUUGAACAAUCCACUUCCUCCUGGAAUACGUAGCUCAUUUAAAAUCCGACUUCCUCCUGGAAUGAGUAGCUCAUUGAAAAAUCCACUCCCUCCCGGAAAACGUAACUCAUUGAACAACCCACUUCCUCCUGGAAUACACAGUCCAUUGAACAAUCCACUUCCUCCUGGAAUACGUAACUCAUUGAACAAUCCACUUCCUCCUGGAAAACGUAACUCAUUGAACAAUCCACUUCCAACUGAAACCCGUAACUCAUUGAACAAUCCACUUCCUCCUGGAAAACGAAACUUAUUGAACGAUCCACUGCCUCUUGGGAAACGUAACUCAUUGGGCGAUCAACUUCCUCCUGGAAAACGUAACUCAUUCAACAAUCCACUUCCUCCUGGGGAACGUAACUCAUUGAACAAUCCACUUCCUCCUGAAAAAUAA